GAGAGAGAGAGAGAGAGAGAAAGAAAGAGAGGGAGAGAGGCAGACUGUAAAUAUGGAGGAGGUGAAACGGUAGGAGGUGAGAGCCGUGCCUCUUAUCAAAUUAAACGUUUUACAUGUAAAAUAAAAGCGCACGGGAGCUCCACGGAGGGACACACCGAGCCUCGGCGGAAACUAAAGCCGGGAGGAAGCGACCUCUGCGCACAUACGCGUUCCAGGAGGACCCGCCGACAUCCACGGUACCGUGAGCUUUAUGGGAGAAAGGGAGAGAGAGGUUGCCUGCGUGCGUGAGUGCGUGACCGUCCAAGAAGGAUAUACCUACCGACAGGCAGUUUAAUGUUUCUAGAAGAAUGGUUGCAGAGUGCGAGAAAAACCAGCAUUGAGAAGGAAGUCUGAUUCAUCUGUCUGUCUGUCCGUCGUCUGUCCUCCAACACAUGGCCGACACAGAGGACCCACUUUAACACACACACACACACACACAGAGUGGAAGGAUUGGGGAGAGAAGCCCAGAUUCAACCUUCAUGAAUUCAUCACACACCUCAGUAGUGGAGGUGAAGAGCAGCCUCCCAUCGGGCAUGCAGAGCCCAGUAGGAACAGCAAGCGAGCACAGAGGAGGAGGUGGAGAAGGUGGUGGGGGUCCAGGAGAAGGCCCAGGAGGAGGAGGAGGAGGAGGUCCAGUGGACCUGCGGACAGAGCCCAGGGUGGGGUCUCUUUCUGGGGGUGCAGCGGCAGUGGACACAGCCAUGAGAGAGCAGCAGCUCCAGCAGGAACUGGUGCUACUUAAACAACAGCAGGAACUUCAGAAACAACUGCUGUUUGCAGAGUUCCAGAAAAAACACGAAGUGCUAACAAGACAACACGAAGUCCAGCUGCAGGAACACCUGAAGCAACAACAGGAGCUGCUGGCAGCAAAGAGGCAGCAGGAGCUGGAACAGAAGAGGAAACUGGAGCAACAAAGACAUGAGGAGCAGGAAAAACAGAGACUGGAGCAACAACUGCUGCUGCUGAGGAACAAGGAGAAAGGCAAAGAGAGUGCCAUUGCCAGUACCGAGGUGAAGCUGAAGCUCCAGGAAUUCCUUCUCAGUAAGAAAGAGCCUGGUCCCGGUGGACUGAACCAUUCCUUCUCCCCAAAGUGCUGGGGAGCCCAGCACACCUCCCUGGAGCAGAGCUCUCCUCCGCAGAGUAACACCCCAGGAACUCCUCCUUCCUACAAACUGCCCCCACUGCUGGGGAACUAUGAGAGCAAGGAUGAUUUCCCGCUCCGCAAGACGGUUUCGGAGCCUAACCUGAAGGUGCGUUCGCGGUUGAAGCAGAAGGUGGCGGAGAGGCGGAGCUCUCCACUUCUCCGCAGGAAGGAUGGAACUGUCAUCAGUACCUUUAAGAAGAGAGCCAUAGAGAUAUCAGUCUCCUCUCUCUGUAAUAGUGCUCCGGGUUCAGGUCCCAGCAGUCCCAACAGUUCCAAUACAGCUAUUGCCAAUGGCAACACGGGAUCGGUCCCGAACAUACAGACUGAGCUGAGAUCUCUCCAUCAGACUCUGGGGGCUGAUGGGACAUUGAGUCCUCUGAGUCUCUAUACCUCGCCCUCCCUGCCAAAUAUUUCCCUGGGGCUCCCUGCAAACACACACAUCACGGCCCCCCAGAAACUGUCUGCCCAGCAAGAGGCAGAGCGUCAAGCCAUCCAGUCACUGCGAGGUGGCGGAGGUCUAACAGGGAAGUUUCUCUCCACAUCCUCUCUACCUGCAGGGGUGGGGCACGAUGCGGAGACCCCACCACCCAGCUCUCAUUCUGCCCAUUCCUCAUUAUUACAACAUGUACUACUACUGGAGCAGGCCAGACAACAGACUGCUAUGCUAGCUGUCCCCAUGUACAGCCAGUCGCCGCUGGUAACAGCAGAGAGAGGCGUGUCCAGUGGCAUGCGGGCCGUCAACAAGCUGCCUCGCCAUCGCCCAUUGGCUCGUACCCAGAGUGCACCUUUGCCUCAGUCCCCCCAGGCCCUGCAGCAACUGGUGGUUCAGCAGCAACACCAGCACUUUCUGGAGAAACACUACAAGAUACUAUCAAAGGGGACUGAACUUCCCAGGCCCCCUCCCACGCACCCAGAGGAGACAGAGGAGGAGCUAACAGAGACCAAUGACAUGCAGGAGGAUGAUGGAGGGGCGGGCCCUCACAGGCUUCAGAAGGAGGGGUCCGAUGACAGCACACCCCCCUCUGAGCGACUUGGGGUGCACUUAAAGAGCGAGGAGGAGGGCGGGGGCAUGCACGUGAAAGGGGAGAGCACCGAGAGUGAGCUGGACGAAGAAGAUGAGGAUGAGGACAUCAUCCAGCUGAGGGAGGGCGACGAAGAGGAGAGGGGGAGCUACACGCAGGCCUUGCAGCAUCUGGGUGUAUUCCAGUCCUCACUGUCCCACAGACCUCUGGGAAGAGCGCAGUCCUCCCCUGCAGCCACUGUCAAUCCCAUCAAACACCUCUUUACUACCGGGCUUGUAUAUGACAGUCUGAUGCUGAAGCAUCAGUGUGUGUGUGGCAACGCUCACAUCCACCCAGAGCAUGCUGGGAGAGUUCAGAGCAUCUGGUCCAGACUGCAGGAGACAGGGCUUCUGGGCCGCUGCGAGAGGAUUCGUGGGCGUAAAGCGUCUCUGGAUGAGAUCCAGUCUGUUCAUUCAGAGUUUCACACUCUGCUGUAUGGAACCAGUCCGCUCAAUCGACACAAACUGGACCACAAGAAAUUGCUGGGUCCAAUCAGCCAGAAGAUGUACGCUGUUCUUCCCUGUGGAGGAAUAGGGGUGGACAGUGACACAGUGUGGAAUGAGAUGCACUCGUCGGCAGCGGUCCGCAUGGCGGUGGGCUCGGUCAUCGAGCUGGCCUUCAGAGUGGCGGCAGGGGAGCUGAAGAAUGGCUUCGCAGUGGUGCGUCCACCAGGUCACCAUGCUGAGGAAUCCACUGCCAUGGGCUUUUGUUUCUUCAAUUCAGUAGCUAUCACUGCCAAGCUGCUGCAACAGAAACUGGGAGUGGGCAAGAUCCUCAUUGUGGAUUGGGACAUUCACCAUGGCAACGGCACCCAGCAGGCCUUCUACAGUGACCCCAAUGUCCUCUACAUCUCCCUCCAUCGGUACGAUAAUGGAAACUUCUUUCCUGGGAGUGGAGCUCCUGAAGAGGUGGGAUCAGGUGCAGGCGUUGGUUUUAAUGUGAACAUAGCUUGGACUGGAGGAGUGGAGCCACCUAUGGGUGACAUGGAGUACCUUACUGCCUUUAGGAGUGUGGUGAUGCCCAUCGCCCAGCAGUUUAGCCCCGAUGUGGUUCUGGUGUCUGCAGGCUUCGAUGCAGUGGAGGGGCAUCAGUCUCCUCUGGGAGGCUACAAUGUCUCUGCCAAGUGUUUCGGUCAGCUAACGCAGCUGCUGAUGGGUCUGGCAGGUGGGCGGGUUGUUAUGGCGCUGGAGGGCGGUCAUGACCUCACCGCCAUCUGUGACGCAUCAGAGGCCUGUGUCUCUGCGCUUCUGGGAGACACGACUCUCUGUUCUUCUCAGUGUGACUCUGUGUUUCAGUGGCCUCAGGAGAAGCCAUGUCCAAAAGCCUGCGCCUCACUCGAGAGAGUAAUAGAGAUCCAGAGUAAACACUGGUCUUGCCUCCAGAGUUUGUCUCAGACAAGUGGUCACUCGCUAUUGGAUGGCCCCCUUGGUGCUCUGGGCCAAUCGGAGAAGGACGAGGCAGAAACAGUCAGCGCCAUGGCUUCCCUGAGUGUUGAUGUUGAGCAGCCAGGCUCUGUUCCUGACAACUCAGAAACCAGCAGGUCCACAGAGGAGCCAAUGGAAGAAGAGCCUGUAUUGUAGGAGGAGCUUAAACAAGAAGCACACAAAAAACUCCACUUUCACCUCCUUCUAGCACCUCCUCUUCCUCUUCCUUUUCUUCUUCCUCCACGGAGUUUGUGUAAGUACACACACACACAAAGUGGAACUGUGCCGUUGAGGAGAACUCCGAUCGGCCCGAGGAGAACACUGUCGAGGCAGGAGAAGGCGGGGCUGUGAGAAACGUGGACACAUCUCUUUUCUAGUGGUUCAUCGGCCCAAGGAGGAGCAGACGACUUGUUCGCAUCUCCAUGGAAACCACAGGAGGGGAUCGUCAGCAAGGACGCACGUCUAACCUGUAUACUUUAACCACCAGGACACAGCACCACUGAGAACCUCCCCUCCGCCCUUCAAUCAUUCUUCUGUCUUUUUAUUUCGUCCCAACUCCUCUGUUUCCACCGAGAGACAAUGGCUGUGGAAAACCUGCAUUUGAAUCCCAACGAAAUGUCAGACUCCAAGAGGAUGACUUGUCUUCUUGUGUGUCUGUCGGUGCACCAGAGGGACAGGCUGAGCGAACUUUGGGUUGAGGAGGAAUAACCGAUUUUUAAAUGAGCAAAGGAGGAGGAGGAACUAGGUGCCUUUUUUUGUCCACAAAAACAAAACCAUUAAAUCAAAAACCACAAAACACCACCGCCGCAGCACCUCAGCAAACCAACCAGCCAAUCAGGACUGAAGAAAUACACUGAUGCACACAAAAACACACACACACACAAACUGCUGUUGUUUCAGUCGGUCAGUUCAUUUUUGAGUCUUUGUUUCUUCAUCUGGAUGCCUUAAUUUGUUCUUAUCUCACUAUUUAGCAACCUUCAGAGGGACAGGGAGAGAAAAUCAGGAGAGAUGAUAUAAAUAUUAUUCAGAAAUGUAUAAUAACUGCUAAGAAAUGUACUUUCUUUCAAAUCUGACAAUAUCUAUGUCAGGUUUUCCCAACAGACUUUGAUUUUUUUUUUCUUUUUAUUUCUUUGAGGGAAGAAAAGCCUCUAAAGCCAUCAUCACACACUAGAAAUAUCCAGUAAAAAUCUCAAUUGAAUAUUAAUACGAAUAUCAAUAAUAUUCAAUCAGACUUUUAUGGAAUCUGGUGAAUGUGUCUCAGGAUCAGCUCAGUUUUAGCAGUAUUCAGUGUUUUAAACCCCCCCCCCCCCCCCCACACACACACACACACCUUUCUAUCAGUCCUCUCUCUCUUUCACUCAUUUUGGUUGAGAGUCUUGUGACCUGAGCCCUGCCCCUUUGCUUUGUAAAGGGAACUGUGGCUGUACAUACAUAUAUGUAUAAAUAACAAAAUACUUUCUCUUUUUGUAUAAAAAAGACAUAUACAUACACACAUACAUAUAUAUAUAUAUAUAUAUACACACACAGACACACACAUACAAAUAUAUAUAUAUAUUUAUGUAAACAGUGUUCUAUCCAAUCAGAUUGGAUUUAUGAAUAUAUUCUAUUUGGAGGUUUGAUGUUUUAAAGGUUUAGCUGUUUGACAGGAAGUAAGCACUGACAUCAUUGGACCACCACCUGUUUGUUUGUUUGUUUGUUUAUACAGAUGUUGAGGAUUGCUGGAUGUUGUGGUGGUGGUUGUUUUUGUUGUCGCUGGAGGUGAACAGCCAGCUGCAGUUCCUCAGGAAGGACCAGGCAGGCGGUGCUGCCUUCCACAGGCAAACAGCAGCAUCUGCAGAAAAGGGGAUAUUAAGGUCAAAGGUCACGACUGGGUAAAUAAGUUGGUCCAGUAAUGGUGUAUUUUUGUAGUCCAACAGAGAGUUAGCUAGCCCCUCAUUAGCCCUAAACGUCGUACCACAUAUCGGUUCUGUAUUCUUAGCUUCUGUGAUUCAGACGUUUCAGUCACUGAGCGGCACGUAGAAAUUGUUACAGCAAGAAUGUUUGAGAUGUGAACUCACUGGACAGUCGGCUCUCUUCUUAGAGACUUACUGUAUAAGAUGUAAAGUCAACCAUGUAAAGUCAUGUCAGUGUUGCAGGAGGUCACAGUGUGCUCAGGAUGCCACCAGUGGCAGCACAAAGUCUGGCCUCAAAGGCCCCGAACCCACGACUGUCCAAGAGAUGACAGGGAAUGGUACCUAGCUAACUUUAGCUAAAUGCUGAUUAUUAAUAAUAACAAUAACAAUAACAAUAAUAAUACUUCUAUUGAACUUACAUUUCACUAAACCUGUAAUCUGGAACACCCUUCAGGCAAGAUUGCACACUGUCUGCUCGGUUCAUAUUUUCAGUACUCUCGCUAUAACAAGUCUACAUGGAGGCUGUUUUUGGAUCAGGGCUAACAAAACCACUCUGUGACUGAAAUGUCUUGAGUAAAGAAAGAUGGCUACUCUGAACUACAUAAUUGUUUAUAUGUAAUAAUCCUCACAUACCAGCAUUGCUUACACAAGGUCAAAGGGAUAAAUCAGUAUUAAUCAAAAGCUGACAACAGGCUACCCUUUGAAAAAAAAAAUACACGGUGGUCUUACUGCUCUGGUGCCAUUUGCAUAAACACUUUACUCUUUACACUAAUGCUACGUCCCUACAAUUUAAAUAGAGCACAUUUUUAACAGCUACAGUUCAGUUAGUAAAUCCAUUACAAAUGAUCGCUCAAUUUAAAACAGUGUACUAGAGUUUUAAGGCUUGUGUGUUAAAAAUACAAAUACAGCCAAAACUCUGUACACAUCCCAUUCACUGUUAGAAACCAUGGGUCUGACAUGCUAACUACAGUGGGUUAGCAUUGGAGGUUGUGUGACUAGGCUUUACUCACAACGCUUUAGGCCACCUCCAACCUCCAGCUUCCUUCUUUCAGAGAAUUUUUUUUUUUUUUUUUUUUUUGCGUGGCAAUCUUAAAGCACAGCUCAACGUUUUCAGAAGUGUGAUGUGUUUUCCAGCGUCACUUUUCAUAAACUGACAAAUCACAUCAGAGGCUGGAGGUGUAAGCAAACCGUUAGCCACUUCUCUCCUCGUUGACGAUGCAUAGUGGACAAAAAGAACCUUCAGAACUGGACUACUCUGUUAUUCACAUCUACAGAAACACUAUUGUGUGACGUCAGUAAGCUCACUCUACCGGACACAAUCUUCAACCUCACUAAACUCCCAUUUCCGAGGACCCUCUGCGGUGUAGCAGGUGUUGUAGCUGACACUGCUACCUCUGGGUCUCAUCCGUACAAAGCAAUACAACACUGAUAGGACAGCAGGGACAGGGGAUGGAGACUACAACGUCCAGCUUCAGCAUUGCCAUGGUAACACAGCAGACAGCAUCACAGCUUGCCUUGUUUGUGGAGCUCCUUCUAGCUUUUACACACACGGCUGAGUGCUAUUUGUGUGUAUUAUAUGUCAGGUGAAAUGGAUAGACCAUACUAAUUGAUCAGGAGAUUGAUUGGUUGAUUGAUUGAUUGAUUGUGUUUCCAGGUGGUUCAGUGUGGUCUUUUUGUACAAAUGUAAACACUAAGCACCAGUUUGUCCAUUAAAUUCAGGAGAUCUAAGACAGAUGAAAAUUAGCCAUCAGACGUGGGAGGGUUGGAUGGGUCUGACAGCUGAGCUCGACUGAGGCACAGAGGAACACAAUAAACAACUGUGGUGGGACGAGCAAGCAGCAACUACCACAGCUGAGAAACCUGUCAACUAAUCAUUUUACAUACAUGUAAACAACAAUUUACAUCCUACUAAAAAUGCCUUAAUGUUUUCUCAACAAUUUCUGUUUUUAAUUACCACCACCAGGUAAUGAAUUUAGAUUGUAUUCAUAGCAGAAAAUUGGGAUUUUCCUUGUCACUUGAGCAGCAUCUUGUGGCCAUAUGAGAAACUGCAGCUUGAAAUAACAACAUAAAGGGUUGAUUCUGGUUUGUAUAAAUUUGGACCUUAUUUUGUGUUUGUGGCCAUUAUACCCAUAGGUAAUAAGAAAACUGCACUCUUCAACUUAAUAGGUACUUAAAAGAUUAGAGAAAGGUUAGAAAAUAUACUGCAAAUUUGUCCAACUUUUCUAUCGUCUCACACCAACCGGGCAAAGUGAGACACUGCCCCAGAAGCCCUAGGUUCACUGUUAUCAGUGCAGUUGGGGUAUUUAGAUCAGUGUAAUAAAAAUCAGUCUCAGAGAAUCAGUCUCAUUCAUGACUGACAACAAAUUUGGGGAUUUUAAUGAAUGAUUACCAAUCUGAAAAUAAAUGGAAAAAUCAUCUAAAAUGAUGAAGUCUUUAAGAGAGAACAGGAACUGAACUUUUUCCAAGCGCCUUUCACACAACUACCCCUGUCACAUUUCAUGUGUACAACCACGUGCAACACGAUAAAUGCCUUUGAGGAUAAACUGUCCAUGAGUGUGAGCUCGUUUGAACAAUGACUGCAUCCAGUCCCUCGCAUUUUUACCUUCGAUAAAAAGUAGUCCAUUUCAAACAAACCCAGGCCAUUCAUUGUAGAGAUUCUGCCGUGUUGGGAGAUUUUUGGUGAGUGCCACAAAAGCAAGACUCAAAUUCCAACAAAUCAGACCUCUCUUUUCAGUCGUGAUGGUUGCUGCUUGGUCUUGCGCUGCUGUCCGAGGGCACACAGAGGCACAGGCUGUAGACUGAAGCAGUUUCAGUGCAGAGCUGAGGAUGCUCAGUUCUGAUUGGUUAGUAACUGAGACCGAGCGCAGGAGCUGCUGUGGUCCUACUGAAAAGAGGGGACACCUAGAAAACCACCUGCACCGCUGGAGUUUCUAUUCUGUACAUUUUAAACUCUACCAAUACAAUACGAGCAGUGUUGACACAGUCUGAUGGUUUGUGUUGUCAGGGCACCUCCCCAGUCCAGAGGCUACACAGCUUUACUGUUGCUACCACCCACACUAAGGUGAAACGCACAUUUUCACACACUCUCAGACUAUUUUGCUACAUGAGUUAAUACUGUAUAUUUCUUGAUAUGUUUGAUACUGUGGUGUAACUGUAGUGUCCUGCUGUGAUUGGUUGGGGGGGGGGUGGGAGUGGUUAUUUUUGGACUCCUGAGUGGGACAGAGGAGGUUCAGUAUCAGUGUGACUGUCACCUUCUCUCUGUUUCAGCUCCUUCUGUUUCUGUGGGGAGACGUUCUCUCUGUUACCUUUCUCUCGUCCGGCUCGUGACUGAACAAUUUGGAAAAGCUUUGUUUUUUUGGUUUUUUUUUUGGUUUUGUUUUUUUGUUUUAUUUUUUGUUGGAACUGAUCACAAGCACAUUCCUGAUUAUUCUCUGUCUGUGCUGUCGUUUUAUCCAGAUUCUUUCCUGUUGCGACAAUACAACAUGUUUAAUUCUUUCUGACUCACAUGUAUAUAAAAGUGCAUAUAUGUGUACACAUGUGCAAUACACGCUAUUCGAGCAAUCUAUUACUGUGACUAUUAUUGAUGAUUAUACUUGUCCCUUUUUCGAACCUUCAGUCCGUUUUUUCUUCUCGUCCUGAUUUCCUGUUGAUGAAUUGCGUUGCAAGAGCUUAAAAAGGGAAGGUGACUCUUGUGAUUCUUCACACUCAGUUUCAUUUCAGGGUUUGUGGACAUUUUAACGAAGCCCUUUUUUAAUUAGUCUCACUGUAAUGUUGUGACGUUGAUCCUAAUUAUCUGUUUCUUUGUUGUUGUUUUUUUUAAGUGGGUCUGUUGUUAAACUUGUCUGGAAACUCAAUAAAGCAAUUC